GCGGCGGGGCUGCCGCUGGACACGGCCGAGCUGCUGGACGUGCGGGCCCAGAAGUGGGUGGCGCUGCCCCCGCUGCCCACGCCGCGGGCGGGCGCCACCGCCGUGGCUCUGGGCAAGCAGGUCCUGGUCGUGGGUGGCAUGGACUCGCGGCAGAGCCCCCUGGCCUCCGUCGAAGCCUACUACGCCGACGAGGGCAAGUGGGAGCGGAAGACCGCGCUGGCCCAGCCGUCCAUGGGCAUCGCCGCCGUCAGGAGAGACAGUACGGUCUACGCGCUCGGGGGCAUGGGUGCUGACACCUCCCCGCAGGCGCUGGCGCGGGUCUACGAGCCGGCCAAGGACCUCUGGCAGCCCCUGCCCUCCAUGCCCACCCCCUGCUAUGGGGCUUCUGCCUUCCUGCAGGGCAACAAGAUCUUCAUCUUGGGGGGCCGGCAGGGCAAGCUGCCCGUCACAGCCUUCGAGGCCUUUGACCUGGAAGUGAGGAGCUGGACACGCUUCCCCAGCGUGCCCAGCCGCCGUGCCUUCUCCAGCUGCGCCGUGGCUGAGGGCUGCUUCUUCAGUCUCGGGGGCUUGCAGCAGCCUGGCCCCCACAACUUCUACUCCAGGCCCCACUUUGUCAACACUGUGGAGAUGUUCGACCCCGAGCAGGGUGCCUGGGCAAAGCCGAGCCGCACCAUCCGCAUGCGGGACAAGAGGGCUGACUUCGUGGCAGGCUGCCUCGGUGGGCGAAUAGUGGCGGUGGGCGGCCUUGGGAACCAGCCGUGCCCUCUCGACUCAGUGGAAGGAUUUAGCUUGAGCAGGAAGAAGUGGGAGCCGCUGCCACCCAUGCCCACGGGCCGCUGCUCCUGCUCCAGCUUCCAGGCACAAAACCUGCUCUUUGUGAUCGGUGGGGUGGCGCAGGGGCCCAGCAGCGCUGUGGAGGCACUGUGCCUGCGGGAGGGGGCCUGACAGCAGCUCCCACCGCCGAGGAUCCAGCAGCAGGCCUGAGGACCAAGUGCCUGAAGACGGCGGGGUGUUAGCAAAAGCUGUAGUUACUGAGGCAGGCACCCGAGCAAUGACGUUUUCUUUCGCUGUUUAGAAAACUAAUUUCAGCUUCUUCAAGUCUAGAGUAGCUCGGUGGCGGGCGCUGGCUCCGUCUUGCCUGGGAAUGGGGGAGAAUCAGCUCCAUCCAUCCCCUCAGUGGAGCAGGGAGGGACAGUCCUCGGCAGAGGCAAGCUGGCAUCCUGCCCUUGCUGGCCUAAGCUGCCUGUUGUCCAGUUUGGGUGUCCGUGCCGUCCUUUUGCAGCUGUAUUGUGUGCCGCACAGUGAGGAGGCAGGAGGAGACGGGCUGUAUGCUCAUAGCGAGCGCUGUGUCGUUGUAGACCCAGUCUGUGUCUCAUGUAGCACAUCAGGUGCCCUGUAGCUCAGUGCCUAGGAGGUGACGUAGCACCUCAAAUAAACCAACAAGUGGAAUUUUACCC